AUGCAGCAGGUUGGUAGCAGUUUAUCCACCGAGAACCGGGUGGCAUCCCGGCGUCCCAGCGUGGCCCUCGUUGAACGGAACCAGGCAGCCACACUGCCGGUGCAACUGCUCAAGGACGAUCCGGCAGCCCUACAGGGCAACCACCACGCCCCAAAUGGUUUCCAAGUGAAGUUGGACGCCCAUGGCUUUGCCCCCGAGGAACUGAUGGUGCGGGUGGACGGCCAACGCCUGAUAAUGACCGGCGAGCGCCAAAUAGAGACCAGCGACCCGAAAAGGGGCAGUUAUCGCAUGUCACAGAAGGUGCAUCGACAAAUGCGCCUCCCGCGGGAGAUGGAUCCCACUGCCAUGACUUGCAGCCUGACCCCCUCCGGCCAGCUAUGGGUCAGAGGCCAGCAUGGGGCACUCCGUCUCCCUGAAGUCUCAACAGAACGGCAACUCUAA